ACAUUGUUUUCUUUAUACCGUGUUUGGUCAGAAUUGGCAUUUGUCAGGUUCAGGUUCUGUUUGUUUUAUCGAGUGAAUUGUCGUUAUUUACACUUUACAGUAUAAACUCCAGCAUAAAAAUAACCAUGGCUUUAUACGAACAAGUGAAACUGUUAUUUAAAAAUGAGCUUCAUAGCAACCUCGUGGAUUUUGCUUCAAUGGUACUGACAGCUGCUGAGAAUCAAGGAGAAAGCUGCAUGUUGUGUCAGCACCGCUACCAUUGCAUGGCAAUGUUGGGGCUCAGUUUGCAGCAACUAAAGCAGUACAGGAGAGCAGAAGCCAUGCUCAAGAAAUCGGUCAUUUAUGCAAAAAGUUUACUAAAAGGGAAAAUAGUGAAAGCCUCUGAUCUGUAUAUUGAAGGAUUAACUGAGAUGGAAUUGAAGUAUUCAAUGGCAGAAUGUCAUAUAGUCAUUGGACAGCCAAAUCUUGCAUUGAGUGUGCUGGAAACUGUUGGUCCACGUUCAAGGAGCAUUAAGUUCAACAUGUUACUUGGCAACCUCUACCAGCAGAGUGGCAUGGAACGGUCUGCUAUUUCUGCUUUCAAAGAAGUCCUCAAAGAAUGUCCUUGUGCAAUCGAAGCUGCUGAGAAACUCCUGAUGCUGAGGCUCCCUCUGUCAGAAGUCACACACAUCAUGUCAAGUGGGGACUCUCCUCCACCUGAGUGGUUGUUGACAUUUGUUAAGGGUCUUUCGGCACGGGCUAAUCGCGACUUCUCAUCAUCUGUAUCAACCUUGCGUCAGCUGGAGGAACACUCGCCACUACGUAACAAUGCUCAUCUCCUGGCAACUCUAGGCAUAACUUAUUACAUGCAGGGCGAUGAAAAAUGCGCUAUGCCUGUUCUACAAAAGGCACACGAGCUAGAGCCUUUGAGCAUGGAAGGCGUGGCGAUGCUAGGCUCGCUUUACUACAGUGACCACAGAAUCAAAGAGCUUGAAGUUCUUGCUGCAGCCACUGUGUCGGUGUCAGAAAACUCGGCUCAUCCAUGGAUACUGCUUGCUUACUAUUGCCACGUGUCCAAACGCACUACUAAAGCUAUUUACUUCGCUCACAAGGCCUGUUCCAUAGAUCCGCUCUCGGUGGAAGGUUUGCUGUUGAAGGGAGGACUGUUGCUGGAGCUGAAAAAAAUGCAGGAGGCCGCUCUGCACUACAGGGAGGCAAUGCAGCUUGCGCCUCACAGAUUCGAGCCUUACAAGCCUAGAUGUUCAUUUCAAAUGUUAUCGGUUUGGAACAUAUAUUUAAGAAGAUGUGUGUACUCCAAGCAGCAGCAGCACGACCUCAGUCAGCACCACCAGACCAUAGCGCAGCAUUAUGCAAAUCAGGGAGACGUGUCGGAAGGCGUGAGCUUGCUGCUGUCCAACACGGCAGGCAGCGGCGCGGGAGGCUCUCUAGACACAGACUCCCCCGCUAGCCCCGAUGUCACUCCCUUCGACAUGGAGGUCGAGGAUAUUAACGACUCUGAGGGCGACGUCGAGCUGAGCGACCUGGAUGCCGUGUGGUCGGACGGCGACUUCUCUUUUACUGGACAAUGAGCAUAAACAAUUAAGAUUAAACUUAAAAAAUGGUAAAUAUAUUCGCAUUUUCCACACUAAUGAGCUACCCCUUUUGACGCAGCGCAAGCGUAACCAUAAGGAAUAUUGAUUACCUCUCUUCAGAUGCUGACAUUAUAAUUAUGAAUCAUAUAAGGAUGCAGUGGUAUGGAUCCUGCCAUUCAUUAUUAUCUCAUCUGUUCUCAAAAAGAAUUACCAGUUCAUUAAUAUUAUUAAUGAGUAGCUUAUUAAAAUGAUUCCGAAACCAGUUUUUUACUGGCCCUCUAGCAAGCGAUAUUUUUAUGGCUGGGGUCCUAAGGAAUUGUUUGCAAUAAACAGCCACCAAAUUUACGUACGUUCUCUAUUAAGUUAUUCAACUCUGCAGUUCAAUGAAAUAACCUUUUGUUUAAUCUUGAUAUUAUUGAUUACGUGUAAAC